AUGUCUGGUCGUGGAAAGGGUGGUAAAGGCCUCGGCAAAGGCGGCGCUAAGCGUCACCGCAAGGUCUUACGGGACAACAUCCAGGGCAUCACCAAGCCAGCUAUUCGUCGCCUGGCCCGCCGUGGUGGUGUCAAGCGCAUUUCUGGGCUAAUUUAUGAGGAGACUCGAGGGGUGUUGAAAGUGUUUUUGGAGAACGUGAUUCGGGACGCUGUUACCUACACCGAGCACGCCAAGCGGAAGACUGUCACCGCCAUGGACGUGGUUUACGCACUCAAACGCCAGGGCCGCAGAGCCUUAACCACUCUGGUGCUCCGCAGCGGGAGAAGCGUCAUGGCUCGUACAAAGCAGACCGCUCGCAAGUCCACCGGCGGCAAGGCGCCACGCAAGCAGCUGGCCACCAAGGCGGCCCGCAAGAGCGCGCCGGCCACGGGCGGCGUGAAGAAGCCGCACCGCUACCGGCCCGGCACGGUGGCCUUGCGCGAGAUCCGCCGCUACCAGAAGUCCACGGAGCUGCUGAUCCGCAAGCUGCCGUUCCAGCGCCUGGUGCGCGAGAUCGCGCAGGACUUCAAGACCGACCUGCGUUUCCAGAGCUCGGCCGUGAUGGCGCUGCAGGAGGCGUGCGAGGCCUACCUGGUGGGGCUCUUCGAGGACACCAACCUUACCGUACCUCAUCUAGUCUUAGUGAUGUCUGGACGUGGCAAAGGCGGGAAGGGCUUGGGUAAAGGGGGCGCCAAGCGCCACCGCAAAGUCCUGCGGGAUAACAUUCAAGGGAUCACAAAACCUGCAAUCCGUCGUCUGGCUCGUCGCGGUGGAGUAAAGCGCAUCUCAGGUCUUAUUUAUGAGGAGACCCGCGGGGUUCUGAAAGUGUUUCUGGAGAACGUAAUUCGGGACGCGGUCACCUAUACCGAGCACGCCAAGCGCAAGACUGUCACGGCCAUGGACGUGGUCUACGCGCUCAAGCGCCAGGGACGCACCCUUUACGGAUUUGGCGGUUAA